AUGCUUGAGGUGAUGACGGGCCGCCCCGCCAAGGCAGAUUCUGUUGACGUUCCCUCCAAUGAAGAGGCGGAUCAGCAACUGCACAUCCUUCCCUGGGUCCAGCAGCAGCUUCAAUUUGGCGGCAGUGAGGCAGUGGCAGGCCUCAAGGACCUACGCAUGGAGGCGCGGGAUGAGUUGGUGUUGAGGGUGGUACAGCUGGCACUGCGAUGCACUGCCAUGCCGAGCGCCACGCGGCCUGCCAUGGCGGUGAUUGCAGCCGAGCUGGAGGUUGUGCUGGUGGAGCUGGCCAACGCUCGUAGCAACUCCGCCGCCCAUCAGGUGGACCAGCAGGUGGAGUCGCAAAGACAGCCAUCUUUGGAUUUGGAUGAGGAGAUGGCGCGUGUGAAUGCAUUUGGUUGA